AAGAUUGCAACCUCGUAAGAGAAUCUAUUCAUGGUAUCCAAACUGUUAUGUGGAGUGCUUCCGAUAAAACUAAUAGCGUUUACAAUGUAGAUCUUCAUCAGCUAUUAAGCGACAUUUUUCCGAUUUGGAUAACUAUGAAGAAGCAAGCAAACGUAAAGAAGAUUAAGAGCUACCCUGCCCCGUCAACUUUCGCACUUCUUUAUAAUCUUAUUGACCAUCACGUUAAAGACAAGCAGUUACUUAUUCACCGUCCUCCAGAGUGCGUUGGCCCGCCGGUACAAAUUUACCACAACGUUUUCAGUCAGUUCCUGCGUGAUUACCGUAAUGAAGAUCUAGAAAUGGGGAGAGAGCAUUAUCAAUGGACCCUUGAGUUCAUUCAUGAAAUGGCAAAACUAUACCCCAGUGAAGCUGAUCGAUCUGAAGUAUUUAAAGAAAAAAUGCGUGAAUUAUUUGGUGAGGAUUUAAUAACAAUUCAGCUAGAAGAUAAAUCUUCAAAUUAUGGAAUAAAAAAUGAAAUUGGCACUGGUAGCUGUGAUCCAACUGUCCAAGCUGGAGCUUCUUUUGCAAAAUAUUAUACCCAAAAGACAUAUAGGGAAGCACUCAAAUGGUGUAACUGGCCUUCUUUUAUCUUAUGCUUAGCUGGGCCAUGGGUGUGUAUUUUAGGGGCAGUAUAUGUUGAGAAACCCAUUGUAGAUCCCUUGACGGACUUUAUACCUCUCAUUCCUACAAACAAUCGAGUCCACGCAGAGCAAGUGGCACGACUUUUCAAAGCUUUAUAUUUGGGAGUCAAUAGACUAAAGGAGUAUUAUUUGUCGCUAGAUAAGCCUAUUAGUCAAAAUUUACAGCGAUUUUUUCCCUAUCCGAAUCAAUACGUGCAUCAAGGUACAACCGUAGAGUUUGCAUAUGAAGGAAAACUUUUAGAUCAUAAGCUUCUUUGGAAAGCCGUAACAAAAGACGGGCAGAAAAUUAUUGUUAAAUUCGCGUGGCAGUAUAAUCAGAGGGCACACGAACUGUGUAGCGAAAUUGGAAAGGCGCCAAAACUUUUUUACAUUAACAAAGAGGUGGUGGAUGGUUUUUACAUGGUAGUGAUGGAUUAUAUUGAGGCCGUGCCACUUUAUUAUUGCGACUCGCUUAGUCAUGAUGAAUAUAAAACGAUUUUAGAGUGUGUUGAAGAAGCUAUCGACAAAUUGCAUGAUGAAAAUAUUGUGUUUGCUGACCUUCGUGAUUCCAAUAUUUUGGUAAACAAAUCUCAAGGUCAACUCAUGACAUUGGAACAGGGAUCUUCGGUAGUGGAUGGACAGCCAGAGAUUGGUAAGGAAGCAGUAGCAGAGGUGCAGGCUUGCUUAGGCAAACUCCCAGUAUCAACUGUUGAUAUAUCCGGUUUGCCUCAGCAAACAGACAAGCAAAAUAGUGUUAACACCAAGGUAAUUGAUAAUAAGGUAAUUGAGAAUAAGGAAAUAGAUGAUUUCUAUCCUGAAGAACCUGCCAAUGUACCUCACUCUGUUAUGACUCAGUUCGAGCGGUGUAAGCCCGAUCACAAAGAGAAUGAUGUGGUGCCAGAAGUACCUGCUAGCCCCAGGACAUCAGAAGAAAAGAAGAUGGACUUUUUCCUGGAUGAAGUAAAUAAGAAAAGGGUUGGCGAUGAGAUUAGGCAACGCAAUAGGGAGAAGAAACUACUGCAUGAAUCGGCUAAUCAGGAGAUUUUCCUGAAUAUUUCUUCUGUGAAAACUGUCACGGAUCAUGACGAUCGGUGCAGUCCGGAAAAUUCGGAAAAACAUGGAAACUCCGUCACGAAUCGUGACGAUCAGCAAAAAAUUAUUCCAGUCACAGCGGAUGAUGAUGAUGUCACUGAGCUUAGUAAAAAUCAGAAUAUAGAACAAGAAUUAACGAAGGAGUUGCUCAGUGGUAGCAUUACUGUCCCGUCACUCUCCUCUGAAACUACAAAACAUCCCCAUGAAGCUCACCAUGCCCCAUUUGCAAUGGAAAGCAUUGGAAUUAUGGAUUACAUGGCAAAUGGAAUAGAAAUGGAACAGAAUAUUGCCUUACUUGCAACAGUUCAAGCAAUGAACUCAAGUUCGUGA